CCUUUCAUUUCAUGGCCUCUCUCCUCUCUCCUCUCUCUCUCUCUGAUUUCGUUUCUUUUAAUAAUACAAUCAAUCGAUUCCCCCCUCGCAUUAAAUUCCAGAUUUUGCCGGUACCGCCCUGCACCAAUCUCUGCUCCAACGAUCGGAUCCAUCCCAUUUUCUUGAUAAAGACGACUAAUUUUAUGGACCCAAUUGCGUAAAUUGACUGAAGUUUCGAUCUUAAUCCUCGUCGGGUCAACGGUAGUUUCCUAAUUUCUUGGGUAAUUGCGGUAUUAUAAUCCGAUCGCUGAGUAAAAAGCUUAAUUAGGGAAAGAUUGGUUUAAUCCCUUUUUCUUUGCCCUUUAUCUUUUUGUGUGUCCGAAGAAAAAAGCUGGCCUCCAUUAAUGUCGGCGCCCCCAUUUCCUGCUCCCGUUUCUCCUUAAGAUUCCGGUCACGUGUUCUUGCUCGCUGAAACAAUCGUGGGCAGUCGGCGAAUUUUCCUGGACUUGUUUGAUUCUUGUUAUUGCCCAGCAAGAGAUCUCCUGGAGAAAGGAAGCGGGGAUCGGAGAUCUGGAGAUGCUUCAACAUUGGGUGUAAUAUAUUCAGUAAUCUAUGCUCAGGUUUCUGUUAGGUACUAGAGAUUGAAGGGAGUUCCCAGUGGAUCGUGUUAAGCAUUUUCGGUCAAGUAGCAGAUAUGGGUUCCGACGCGGGCACAACUAGCGUUAUUGCAAAAUUGAUGGGCCUCGAUGAUCUGCCAAAUCAACGUCCCAUUCAGAAACGGGGAAGAGUGCUUUCAGAGGAAUAUUUCCAAAGAGUUGCUUCUAUAGGAGUCCGAGAGAGGAGUCCAUCCCCUGAGAAAUAUUCAUCUAGGAUGGGCCCCAAAAGGCCUGAGGAUUUCAGUGCCUUCAUCAGAGUGGUGGGAAUACCCAGGCAGGAUAAACUCCAUAUGAAGGAAGUCGACAGCAAAAAGUUGAGCUUGAAUGGGAACGUUAAAUCCAGACGCUUGGAGGAAACCUCCUAUGCUCUUGAAACUGUGUCCAAGCAUAUACACAUUCCUACGAAGAUUGUUCUUCUAAGACCUCAUCGCGGAGCAGAAGAGAUCUCCUUGAGUGAUUUCUCUCGGCUAAGAUCAAGUGAAAGUUCGAGUGCAGGUUGUAUGAAAUCCAGAAAUUUCCCUGGCCCUUCUAGAUACUGGAAAGAUUCUUCCCAUGAAAUUGAACUCGUUGGACAAAGACCAAGAGUCUCCAGCGAAGAAGUGGAGGAAAUAGCUAGACAAGUGAAGUCUAGUAACAUGAUAUCUAUGUCCUUAUGUGCUCCCAAUUGGAAGAAGAGCCAAAAUAUUGAAUCUUCAGUUUCUUCUUCUAAUAGUUCAUAUAUUGCUCAGGAAGCUAAGAAGGAGAUGUCAGAAAGGUUUAUGAUGAUAAAGGAGUCCCAAGAACCUGGCUCCGGUUCUAGGCGGAAGACACUCGGUGAAAUGCUAUCCAUGCAGAGUCAACGAAUGGGACCUCGAAAUGUAAAUUGCAAUUCCCAUGAUUCGGGAACAGGGAUGAAGAAUGCCACACAUGAUAUUAACCGUUCUAAGAGACUCAAAGUUUCAAGGCAUUCAUUUGAGUACAAAUCAAGAGAUAGAGAUUCUACCUCCAAGGAGGUUCUCCAACCUGGGAAGGCAGCUUUUUGCUACACGAAAUCCCAUUCUCGUUUACUAGAUCCUGAGUGCAACUCCUCAAUUAGUGGGUUGGUGUUGAAGUUUGACAGCCUAAGAAAUGAAGCAGGGAGUCUUUCUGAAGGGAAAGAUGUGGCUACUUCGAGUGUAGAAGAAGAUAACAUUGCUAGCAGGUCUUUGGGAGCUCAUACAGCCACAUAUGAGACACCAGCGUGGAGCUUGGAAAUGAAAGAGUCUGUUUCUUCAUCUAAUUGUUCAGAAAAUCUAGCGAAAGAGGAAGAACCAGCUGAGUUUCCUGAAGAAGACGCUGUUUCCAUGCGCUCUUCCAUCGGACCUGAAUCUUUCAAGAGCUUCGAAGAGCCUUAUCAGCCUAGUCCAGAUUCAGUUCUCGAACCUCUUGAGGAGGGGAUCUCAUCUGAUCUGGGGCUUGAUCUCUCUGGAAUGCAAACUCUUCCUUUUAAGUUGGAGUCUUUAGAAGAAUGCCUAGAAAAACAUAGAAUGACUGUAUCAAGCGAUGAAGAAGAUGAUGAUGAGCGGUCUUCAAACAACUUUGAAGAGACAGCAGAUUUUAUGAGGUUCUUGAGAGCUGAAGAGAGCAGAGAUUUCUUGUAUCUUGUCAAUGUCCUGUCCGAGGCAGGCCUUAAUGGAGGAAACCUGAUGGAGAACCUCAUCAAAUGGCACUCCACAGCUACCCCUGUAGACCCAUCAAUCUUUGAGAUCCUGGAGAUAAAAUAUGGUGAGCAGAAGUCCUGGAAGAGGUCGGAGAGGAAGCUCUUAUUCGACCGUAUCAAUCUCGGGCUGAUUGAUAUUCUUCUUCAGUCCAUCAGCAUGCCCUCCUGGGCGAAGCCUGUUUCAGCCCGGAUUAGUUCCAGACCAGACGCUGAGAUUACUGAGGAAGCAUUGUGGACCCUGCUUCUCAGACAGGAAAAUGAAGCGAGAAAGGAGUCUGAGAAUGUGCUUGGAGAUGAUCUCGGGUGGUCGGACUUGGGAGAAUGUGUAGAUAUUGUCAGUAGAGAGAUACAGGAGUUAUUAAUUGAAGAACUUGCAGCGGAGUUUUUUUAGCUGGUAAGUCGGUGAGAUUCUUUUUAUUUUUUAUUUUCCUUUUCCCCUUUAUCCCAAAAAAUUUCCUCGGCUUCCGAUUGCAUUGUUCUAGAGAGUCAGUGUCAAUCUGGUGAGGUUUUGCUCCGAGAGUAUUGCACCUCGAUUAGAUUUUAGAGUAUUAAUUGUCGUAAUCGAUUGGGAUUGAAUCA